UCAAACAUUUUUUCGCGCUCUUUCACUUCAAAUUAAACGUUCAUGUGUCGGCUCCCAUGUCGAAAAUGUUAUCGUUUUUAAUGACGUUCAUGAAGUUUGUAUUCGAAAGAUUCGAAAUGUCAUUGAUUUGGGCACACACAGAGCAGACACACGAAAAACGCUCUGUAUUUUUGUUUGAUUGGACGAACCGGAAUUUCUAAUUUUAUGUGAGGCAGGAGACUCGAUUCUCUGACAAAGCAUCUAACAAAUAGUGAACCCUUAUGAAUCAUCCACCAGUUGGUGUUCCACCAGGAAUGGCUUCGAUUCCACCCCCAAUGUAUCCUGGAAUGGUACAAUUUAGUAUGCCUCCUCCCGGUUUCCCGGGUGUCGAUGGAAUGAUGCCGUAUGGAUCUGUGCCGACAACCGAAUGGACUGAGCACAAAUCACCGGAUGGCCGAAACUACUACUACAACAAUAUUACGAAGCAAAGUUCCUGGGACAAACCGGAUGAGUUGAAAACCGUGGCUGAGAAACUUUUAUCGACGUGUCCGUGGAAAGAAUAUCGGUCCGACACGGGCAAAGUGUAUUACAGUCAUAUAACAACGAAAGAGUCGCGUUGGGAUAUUCCACAGGAAUUGAUCGACAUUAAAAAUAAAAUUGCGGCUGAAGAAGCGGCAACAGCGGCAAAAGCUAUGGCUGCAAUGACCUCAUCGUCAAUGUCUGGUGUAUUUCCACCAAUUGGUGCCACAUUGCCCAUUUUACCUGGACUGGCCAGUAUGGCCUCAGCAGUUCCCAGUCAUGUUGCAACACCGGAAAAUGCGGCAGGAUCACCUGCUGCAAACACACCCGGGUCGAAUGAGAAUUCGUCGUCAGCAUUGGAUCAAGCAAUGGCAGCCACUUUGGCAUCGAUUGAAAUUCCUGAUCCGGUCAAAGAUGAUGCCAAAGAACCAUCGGCAACGAUUCCCAGUCCCGAGCCCGUAAAAAUUGUUUACAAAGACAAAAAGGAAGCAAUCGAAGCGUUCAAGGAGUUGCUUCGCGUGAAAAAUGUGCCGUCCAAUUCGAAUUGGGACAGCUGUGUGAAGCUUAUAGCGAAAGAUCCGCUCUAUUCAUCGUUCAAAGGUCUCAACGAAAAGAAGCAAGUCUUCAACGCAUACAAGACGCAAAAGCUGAAAGAAGAACGCGAAGAGCAACGACUACGCGCCAAAAAGGCCAAGGAAGAUUUGGAAAAGUUUCUGAUGUCCUGCGACAAAAUCACAUCGGCCACGAAAUACUAUCGGUGCGACGAAAUGUUUAGCUCACAGAAAUUUUGGUCGAGUGUGCCCGAAUCGGAUCGACGUGACAUCUACGAGGAUUGCAUUUUCAAUUUGGCGAAACGGGAAAAGGAGGAGCAUCGUCUGCUGAAGAAGCGAAACAUGCGAGUGCUGGGCGAAUUGCUCGAGUCGAUGACAUCCAUCAAGUAUCAAACAACGUGGUCAGAAGCGCAGGUCAUGUUGCUGGAAAACAAUCAGUUCAAAAAUGACGUAAAUCUCCUCGGUAUGGACAAGGAGGACGCGUUGAUUGUGUUCGAAGAGCACAUUCGUACAUUGGAACGUGAAGAGGACGAAGAAAAGGAACGCGAAAAGAAACGGAAUAAAAGGGAACAGAGGAAAAAUCGGGACGCUUUCCUCGCGUUGUUGGACUCACUCCACGAAGAGGGUAAAUUGACGUCAAUGUCACUGUGGGUCGAACUGUAUCCGAUCAUAUCAGCCGAUCUACGAUUUUCCGCUAUGCUUGGACAGCCUGGCUCAACGCCGUUAGAUCUGUUCAAGUUUUACGUGGAAAAUCUGAAGGCGCGCUUCCACGACGAGAAGAAAAUCAUCAAGGAAAUUCUGCGGGAAAAGGAAUUUGUGGUCGUACCCGGAACAUCGUUCGAAGAUUUUGCCACAAUUGUUUGUGAAGACAAACGAUCGGCCGUGCUGGAUGCCGGUAAUGUUAAGCUAACAUACAAUUCACUGUUGGAGAAAGCCGAGACCAUCGAAAAAGAACGAAUGAAAGAGGAAAACAAACGCAUCAGAAAGAUCGAAAACGAGCUGAAGCAAAUUUGGCUAGACGCUGGAUUGACCGCGGGCGAUACAUGGGAAACUGCCAAGAAGCUGAUAGAGGACACGGACGAUGCCAUCGCAUACGAGAAAGAAGGUCAACUGGACAAAGUCUGGGAGGAUUUCGUCAAGGAAAGUGAAGAGUCGUGCAGUCAUCACCAUUCGAGAUCGAGAAAAUCAAAGAAGAGCAAAAAGCAUAAGAAGCGAUCCAAAUCCAGCUCCAGAUCGGAAACCGAAUUGUCCGAAGUGGAGUACGAAAAGUCCAGAAAGUCGAAGCGACAGUCGAAAUCAAGAUCUCCGUCAACAAGCGUUGAGAGUAACGAUGGCAGCGACAAGCGAAAGAAGAAGAAGAGAAAGCAUCGCAAAGCGUCCCGUUCGCCAUCAUACGAAUCGCCCACUGAACGACCCGUAUCCAUUCCACCCGAAUCACCACUGUCACAAGAGACGCCGGUCAAAAAGAAGAAAAAAGACAAAAAGCGCAAAGACAAGGAUCGUCGUCGUACACCGAGUCCGGGCAGUCCCGUUAACCGAUCGAUUUCGCCGAACAUUGAACGAAAUGUUACUUCGCCGAAAAAUGGCGGUGAUGAUCACACAUUGAGUGAAAUUGAAUUGGAAAGUCAACGUGCAGCGUUGCUUGCUCAACUCAACGAGCAAUUGGAUGAGUAGAAAUGUGUGAUUUAGUGGUGUUUGUGUAAUGGGAAUCUGAAUUGAAAUCGUUGUAAUAAAAUCUUACAAUUUUUAUGGAAAAA